UUGAUGUUUCUUUCGAUUUAUCCGAUACUCGAUGACACUUUAAACUAAAGCAUUAGAUAAUUAUAUCGAAGAUAUUUCUUUAGAUGAAAAUUUUAUUGCGAAAGAAAUAAAGUAUCCGCGGAGGAUAUACAGAGAAGGGACAGAGGCAGGUUCCUUCCAUUAUAACGUUGGAUUAAGGCGCAAGCGUAGAUCCCUACUUCAUAUAGCAACCCCACCGCUAUACUUUUCUCUAUACUAUUCCCUUUUUCUUGUUUCGGAUCAUAUUGCUUUCAAGUGAACUUACAACUUUCAAUUACUUCAGUAUUUACCGGGGAAACCAUGUCGAUCGAACUGCAGGUAAAUAACUUUAAGAAAGAAAAAGAAAGGGGAGAAGAUGAAGACAUCGUUGUUAGAAACAAGAGAUCCUUGAGUUAUUCUAUGAAAAUACCCUAUUAUAUUUUACGGGUUAUCGGUGUCUGGCCUCUUCGAACUGACGCAUCUGUGAUCGAUCGAUUCGCCAGCUAUUCGAUGAAAUGCAUGUGUUACUUUUUCUUCGCGUUCAUUUUAAUACCAGGAUUUCUUCGAAUUUUCCUUAUCGAAAAAAGUACACAACAAAAAUUAAAAAUAUUCGGUCCACUCUGCUCGUGCUCGACGAACGCUAUGAAAUACAGUAUACUCUUAAUGCAUAGAGAGAAGAUCAGGACCUGUCUGAAACACAUAAGAGAAGAUUGGACAAAGAUAAUUCUUCAGGAAGAUCACGAACUCAUGAUGUCUCAAGCUAGAAUCGGAAGAAUUCUUUCAACCAUGUCGAUUUGUUUCAUAUAUGGUGCAGGAAUAUUUUAUCGUACUUUUUUGCCGCUUUCCAAGGGCUCCGUCGUCGUUGGCAAUCGCACGAUAAGACCCCUCGCUUGUCCAAGUUACUUCGUAUUAUUCGACGAACAAAAGUCGCCUGCUUACGAACUCGUAUUUUUUGGACAAUUUCUUGGCGGCUUCACCGUUUAUACCGUAGGCAGCGGAGUUUGUGGAUUGGCAGCUUUCUUUAUUAUGCACGUUUGUGGCCAACUUGGAAUAUUGAUGAGAAAAAUGAACGACAUCGUCGAAGGUAAUUAUUCCAUCGAGAAGAAUCCAAAGAUACGCAUCGCCGAAGUCAUCCGUCAUCAAAUCAGAACCAGAAGUUUCGUUAAAGAGGUAGAAGAAAUUUUGCAAUAUCCUUGCAUGGCCGAGAUAAUGGGCUGCACGAGUCUCGUUUGUCUCGUCUUAUACUACUUGGUUAUGGAAUGGGAAGAUAGCGAUGCCACCGGUCUGAUAACUUUUGUUUUACUUUUCGUAUCAUUCGCUUUCAACAUGUUUAUCUUUUGUUAUAUCGGAGAGCUUCUUUCGGAACAGGGCGCAAAGGUUGGAUUAACAUCCAGUACUCUAAAUUGGCAUUGUCUUCCGGUAAAGGAUAUGAAAUGUUUAAUACCUGUCAUAAUUAUGUCCAACUAUCCAUUGAAAAUCGUAGCCGGAAAAUUAAUGGAUAUGUCUCUUAGUAAUUUCAACAAUGUAAGUACGACGAUCGAUCGUUGCCUCGCGCGUAAAAAAAUUAACGAAUGCUUUAUUUUCUCUAGAUUAUCAAAACGGCUGUAGGAUAUUUUAACAUUCUUCGAAACAGUGUCUAAUGUACUAUUCAACAGUGAAUUUUUCUAGCGGUUCAACAAAUUAAUCAACGCCAAAUAUUUGUAUAGAGAAUAAAUGAUGAUAGCGAUGAUAGAAAAAAGUUGUUACGAAUUAUGGAAUUUUUACGGAAUUCCUAAUAGUUAAUAAUGCCAUCUUUGCAAUAGAAAUUUUUUUUAGAGCAUGCAAUCUUGAAGAAUAAAAAGUGCGAUUCUUAUUAUUAGUUCAAAGUAAUACCAAAAAAAUUAGAAGUAUCACAUAUAUUUCCUUUGU